AUGGCACCUCUUUCUGAUGACGUGAAUAUUGAAAGCAUUCAAAGCCAAGUUGCUGAGAGGUUAGGUACGCAACUCAAUGAAAAAAUUGUGGACACAAGAGCUUCUCGUCUACGUGAGAGGUUGAAACAUGCAAAGAAUAUGCUUCUAAUAUUGGAUGAUCUUUGGGAUGAACUUGAUUUGGGCAAAGUUGGAAUUCCCAGUAUUGAUUAUGAAAAUAAUAUCAAAAAGAAUGAAGAGAAUGAAGCACGAGAAUUGUUCAAGAGGAUUGCUUAUCUUUCUUUCAACUCAAGUGGUCCUGAUUUGAUAUCUAUUGCUACUGAGAUUGUUCGAAAGAGUGGAGGCUUGCCAAUAGCAAUUGUUACAAUUGCCAAAGCAUUAAGGAAUAAAGAUGUGAAUAAAUGGAAGGAUGCCCUUGCAUGUCUGAAAAAUCCUUACGAAGAAGCAUAA